GUGAAAGGAGACUUGCCUUGCUUGCCACGUGUGUUACUCUAUUCUGCGGAUCCUUUAACCAUGAAUCAUUCAUUAGGCCUACCUGAGACCCGCAGCCUUACCUGGAGAGGAAACACUUUGGAGACUGAUGACUUGUGGUGACAUGUGUAAUGUGAAGUUAUCAGCAGAUAAACGUCUUGAGCAUACGGUCAUAAUUGAUCCGGGAAACUAAAGGCGGCUCCUGUUCAUUCUAACAGGUUUAAAUAGAAGAAAGAAAAUUCAAGAAGAAGAAUAUUUUUCUCCUCUUUUGAGACCAUCCAAGAGACAUUUAAGAAGCCCUCCCUGUCGCCAUGCUCCCGGCUCAGGAGGCCGCUAAAAUCUACCACACCAACUACGUGCGUAACGCUCGGGCCGUGGGUGUGCUGUGGACGGUUUUCACCAUCACGUUCUCCGUAAUCACCGUGGUGGUGUUCAUCCAGCCGUACUGGAUCGGGGACAGCGUCAACACGCCGCAGGCCGGAUAUUUCGGCCUCUUCCACUACUGCAUCGGGAACGCGCUCACCUCGGAGCUCACCUGCAAAGGGAGCGCGCUGGACUUCGGCUCCAUCCCGUCCGGCGCCUUCAAGACGGCCAUGUUCUUCGUGGGGAUCUCCAUGCUGCUGGUGGUGGGCAGCAUCGUCUGCUUCAGCCUCUUCUUCUUCUGCAACGCGGGGAGCGUCUACAAGAUCUGCGCGUGGAUGCAGCUGGCCUCCAGCACAUGCAUGGUGAUUGGCUGUUAUCUUCCUGGGGGCUUUGCCCCCCCGGAAAAAAUGCUGUGCGGGCCCGCGAACAACACACACCCCCCCCCCGGGCAUUGCUGUAUGAGCUGGGCCUACAUCCUGGCCAUCAUCAGCAUUAUGGACUCGCUAGUCCUGUCCUUCCUGGCCUUCAGCCUGGGCAACCGGCAGGACAAGCUUCUGCCAGAGGACUUCCAGGUGGAGGAGAAAGAUAACGCCUAGGCCCCCCGUGGACAACGGAGGGAAGAGAUGGACGAGGCUUUACGAGCAGCACUGCCGACUCUAAGGAUUUAUAUGUAUUCCAAGGCUUCGGGACAUAAUUAAAAUCGGGGAAAAAAAAUAACUACAAGAAGUUCAUUCUGUCCUUGAAAUUGUGCCAGCUAAUCAACAGACUUUGAAAACAUGGGAAGAGUCACUGUCCACCUCCCGCUCAGAGUUUAGGAUUUGUAGCGGAUUGCUAUUGUAUUUUGGACUAAAACAAGUGAAUGAACAUGCUGAGCAGAGCAGCUCCUUGUUACUUUGGGGAGAGAGAGAGAGUUGUCAUAAAUGCUAAGCAGACUGCCCUAAGUGACGCUGUUUAUUUCAGUGCCAGAAAGUGUUUAUCUAAACAUGUUAAAUUUUAAUCACAGAACAGGUGUUCAUCAUUUGACAUGCAAACUAAUAACUGAUGCAUUUAAGGAGCAUUUGGAGAGAUUUUGGUUAGACAUCCUAAUAAAAUAUGCUUCCGGAUCGGUUAGUACUCACUGAAAAUAAAAUCUGAUCCCACUCUACUGCAUCUGCCCUCUGGAGGUCCUGAUGAUGAAUUAGGUUAAUGAUGAUGUGUUUUAAUACAGAAUCUUUGGGGAUUUAUCUAUUUAUAUGUCAGAGAAUGGAGACUUAUGAGGCAAAUACAAUUUAGUAAGGUUUUGAAAAUUUUUUAUUUAUUACCUACAGAAAAAAAUUAACAAUCAAAUGAAGAGCGGAGACAUGAACAGAAGGCGAGGAGACUGUAUAAAAACGAGCAAAAUGGUUUUGAGGGGAUACAAAGCAUUAUUACAGCAUUUGUUUUUGGUACAAUCCAUUUUCAAAUCCAACACCUCCAUAUACAGUGGAAACACUUGAAGUUUCAGUUAAUACAACUGGAAAUCACCUGAACAUUCAAGGAAUUUCUAAUAAGUAAAAAAAAAAAA